UGAAUUUGGGUUUCUGGGUUUCCAUGGCAGCCGCUUUGAUUGGAGGAGCUGCUUUAGGGGCAGGUUUUGGAGAGCUUUUAAGAGCCGUUAUAGAGGCGAGUAAAACGGCUGCCAUGUUUCGUGAUGCCUUGGAGGAACUGCAAUCCACGCUUUCAUCUAUUGAGCCAGUAACCAGAGACAUAAAUUCAUUCAACAAAGUAUUUGAUAAGGAGCACGAAAUUAAACGGCUCAAGCAAAUCAUUGAUAAAGGACAGAAACUUGUUAGAAAGUGCUCUAAAAUCCAGAGGUGCAACUUCUUCAUGAAGACUUGUUACACAUACAAACUCCAAAGAUUGAAUAAAUCGCUUGAGAGAUUCUGUCAGAUUGAUAUGCAAACACAGCAAAUGAGAGACAUCAAAGAAAUCUUAUUUGAUGUUAGAGAGAUUGAUAAGGAAGUGAGAAGAUUCAGUUCGAAAGUGGGGUCCGGUAGCGAGAACGGGAUGUUUAGUCGGGUUGCAGUUGUGGGUUCAUUCAAAGUUCCCGAGCCUCCAGGAAAAGUUGUUGGAUUCGAUGCACCCUUGAAAGAGCUAAAGAUGAAGCUUUUUAAAGAUGGGAUUUCGGUCAUUGUUGUGUCUGCUCCGGGAGGAUCCGGGAAAACAACGUUGGUUAAAGAGCUAUGUCGUGAUGAAGAAGUCGAAGGAAAAUUUAAAGACAACAUCUUCUAUGUCACUGUUUCAGAGGCAUUCAACCCGGAGCUCAUUUUGCACAAAUUACUCCAGCUUAAGGAUCAUAGAGUGCCUGAAUUUCAAAGUGAGGAGGAUGCCCUGAACCACUUGGAACAAAACUUUAGGAAAAUGGCAAUCAAUCCCAUAUUACUGAUCCUGGACGAUGUUUGGCCUGGAUCUGAAACCCUUGUGGACAAGCUCAAGUUUACAUUGCCAGAUUACAAGAUCUUGGUAACAUCAAGAUUUGACUUGCCAAGAUUUGAUUUUACAUAUCCUUUGAAACCGUUGAAUGAUAAUGAUGCUAUGACUCUUUUUCAUUACUCUGCAUUCCGGGAAAAUGGAAAUCGUUACAUUCCAUAUGAUCUUGUGAAUAAGGUAAUGAAAAGCUGUAAGGGGCUUCCACUGGCCCUUGAAGUUGUUGGUAGAUCACUUUGCGGGCAGCCGGUGGCAAUCUGGCAAAGUCAUGCAAAACAGCGGUCUAAAGGACUAUCCAUCUUUCAUUCUAGUGGUGAACUGCUUGCUCAUCUUCAAAGCAGUUUAGAUGCCAUGGAUAAUAAGGUAGGAAUAAAGGACUGCUACCUUGACCUAUGUUCAUUUCCUGAAGAUCACAGGAUUCCUGCUGUUGCGCUCAUUGAUAUGUGGAUGGAGCAAUACAAACUUGAUGAAGAUGAUGAUGCCAUUGUCAACCUCCAUGAACUCUCUUCCAGGAAUCUGGUUAAUCUUGUAGUCAUGAGGAAAGAUGCAAGUGAAGCCGAUGGCUACUACAACAAUCACUUCAUCAUGCAGCAUGAUCUUCUAAGAGAGCUGGCUAUCUAUCAAUGCAGCUUAGACCCCAUAGAAAAAAGAAAGAGGUUGAUUCUGGAGCUAAACAAUAAUAAAUUUCCCAAUUGGUGGUUGGAAGAAAAGCAGCAACCUGUUGGUGCCCGCCUCUUGUCUAUCUUCACAGAUGAAACAUUCUCUUUCAAUUGGGGCAACAGUAUUCAAGCACCAGAAGUUGAGGUUCUAGUUCUCAAUUUUCGGACAAAGAACUAUACCUUGCCUGUCUUCAUGGAGAAAAUGGAUAAAUUGAAGGUUCUGAUAGUCAUGAAUACUGGUAUCUACCCAGCAGAAUUAAGUAACUUUCUGCUUCUGAGUUCUUUAUCCAAUCUUAAGAGAAUUAGGUUAGAGAAGGUGUCAAUUCCUUCCCUCUUUAUGAGCUCUUUACACCUAAAGAAUUUGCGAAAAAUGUCCUUGGUUAUGUGUAAUAUCGGUCAGGCGUUUAAGAAUGGUACUAACAAGAUGUCAGACAUUUUUCCAAAUCUUUUGGAAAUUGACAUAGACUAUUGUGAUGAUCUGGUGGAACUGACUGAUGGACUGUGUGAUCUUGUUCAACUGAUGGAGCUCAGCAUCACCAACUGCCACAAGCUUUGUGCACUGCCUGAAGGCAUUGGAAAUCUCUUGAACUUGAAAGUGCUGAGACUAGCAUCUUGUACUGAGCUCAUAACAUUACCUAAGACCAUUGGGAGCUUAUCCGAGCUUAAUAUUCUUGACAUUUCCGACUGUCUAAGCAUCAUCAACCUGCCGGUCGAGAUUGGUGAACUGCAGAGUCUAAGGAAGCUUUAUAUGAGAGGGUGCUCCAGUUGUAACCUACCUCCAACAAUCACAAAGCUUCAUCAUUUGAAAGAUGUCAUAUGUGAUGAGGAGACAGCGUAUCAAUGGGAUUAUUUCAAAUCUCACCUCAUUAAUCUAAGGAUAACAGUUCAUGAAGAAGAUAUCAACUUAAAUUGGCUUCAGACAUGUUUAUAAGAUUCCAUUUUGUUGGAAUAUUUUUAAAAUAAUAAAUUAUUUG